GGACUGUUUACUCACAGGGACAAUCGGCCUACUCUUGUACUUCUCUAUGGUCGGAGGACCGAGCCUUUGGUUGAAUUUUCCAACCGGAAGUGGCUGUGAAGUCGCUUCCUGGAGCUGCCCUGCCGGCGGAGACUUCUCCUUGGAUGGGUUGUACGGAUGCCGAAUUGUCGUGGCGCGGGAGCUGUACCUUGCCUGGCGGUGUCUGCUGAUUUCCAUUAAGAAGCUGUGGGAUAACCACAGGAGUGGACAAGAUGGCAGAACUGCAGAUAGACCAAGACCUGGCCCAGCAGCUCUUUUUUGAGGGGGCCACAGUUAUUAUUUUGAAUGUGCCAGAAGGAACAGAGCUUGGUAUUGACUAUAACACUUGGCAAGUGGGCCCCAAGUUCCGGGGAGUCAAGAUGAUCCCCCCAGGAAUUCAUUUCCUUCAUUACAGCUCUGUCAGUAAGGACAAUAGCAAAGAAAGUGGUCCUCGUGUGGGCUUCUUCUUGAACUUGAAGCAGCGAGAUCUGCAAGUGUUGCAUUGGGACCCUGCCAAAGAGGAAGUGGACCUCACUCCAGCACCUGAAAAUGAGACUGAAGCCAUGAAGGCCAACUUGCAGGAAAUGGACAAGUUUAUGGGUCCCUACCCAUAUGACACUCUGAAGAAAUGGAUUUCUCUCACCAAUUUCAUUAACGAACCAGUUAUGCAGAAGCUGGAGCCAGAAAGCAGGCAGAUAUGCUCCUUUUCAGAGGUGCUGCCUGUUUUGGCUGGGAAGUAUACUAAAGACCGGGUCAAACAGAACUUGCCUCGGUAUGACACAGAGUGCAAAAGCUAUGCUGAAGGCCUGGCCAGGCUUCCCCAAAUGCAGGUGAAAGCUGGCACAGAGAUCAGGUUCACAGAGAUUCCUAAGCAAAUGUACCCUCAAGGUGCUACACCUGAAGAAGUUACCAGGCACAGCAUGGACCUUAGCUAUGCCUUGGAGACUGUGAUCAACAAACAGUAUUCCAGCAAUCCCCAGGAUGUGCUUGGGGAGUUGCAAUUCGCCUUCAUCUGCUUCCUGAUUGGGAACGUGUAUGAUGCAUUUGAGCACUGGAAAAAUCUCCUGAAUCUCUUAUGCAGGUCUGAGGAUGCCAUAGCAAAGCAUCACUCCCUGUUCAGCAAUCUAAUUUCUGUCCUGUACCAUCAGCUCAGUGAAAUCCCAGCAGACUUCUUUGUGGAUAUAGUUUCCCAAGACAAUUUCUUAACCAGCACCUUACAGGUGUUCUUCUCCUACACCUGCAGCCCAGCAGUUGACAGGACCCUAAGGAAGAAGGCUGAAAGGUUUAAGGCCCACCUAACGAAGAAAUUCAAGUGGGACUUUGAGGCUGAACCAGAGGACUGUGCUCCAGUAGUAGUAGAGCUGCCAGAAGGGGCAGUUGUGGAUUGAAUUAGAGUCUCUGUACUUUGUUUCUAAACUACUUUUGUAUUCUUGAGCUCUCCCUGAUUCCACUUUCAAUCAUGCAAUGCAUACUUCUAACUCUAUACCACCAUUCAUGGAGGCAGUUCCAAGAAAUCCAUAAAGACUGCUAAACUUUGAAAUGGAUGACAUUUUGGAACAUGUGGAACAGAUUACAGCUAGUUCUCCCACCAGAGGUGUCUUGUUCUCCAAAGGUUUGUUCUGGCUUUGCUGUUUGAUGUCUCUUAGCAGAACCCUUCCUCCCUUAGGUUGAAAAAACCCACAUUUGAAAUGGCAGUAUUUCAUGCUGGACUCAUUUAGAAUGUGAUGCCAUAUUUUAUUAUUGGGGAAGCAGCAAUAAGCCAAAUGAUCUUGUACAUGGAAAACCAUGCAUCAUCUUCUAACACGUGCCUGAGCUGAACAAUGACAAAUAAAAAUAUCUUGUUAAUGGUGCAAAUGAAGAGAAUUCAAACAACUCACCUUGUCAUUCUUUGUAACUGCUUAAGGUUAUGCUGUAGUAGAUGUUUCUGAUAGAGUUUUAGGAUGCUGUAA